AUGAUGCAUAUUUGCUGUAUCUGUUACGGGUUAUGUAGCGACAGUGAUGGUCGCCGUGCUAAAAACAAGCAAACUUUGCUAAUAUUACUGAGUAUAAUGUUGGAGAAGAAUGUAGUGACAAUACCACAAGCCCAAGAUUUGUAUGCAAACGUAAACCGUUCACAACUCAUCUGCAAAAGUCAUUACCAAGAAGCGGUGUCGUAUAUCGGCGAUGUCGUGAAAGAAUUAUGUGGAGGUGUUGUAAAUGACUUUUUCAUCGUACAGUGUGCUGUAGACGAAGUUGUUGCUCGUUUUGAACCGCACCGUCAAGCUAUUGAUGCCAGUUUGCGGCUGAAAGCCGGUCAUCUUGCUUUAUUCUAUCGUGACCAUAUCAAAAGUGAUUGGAUCAUAUCAGUUUUGUCUCAAAAAGGGAAAUUCUCCCUUGGUAGCUUCUCCGUGGACAGCAUUAAGAAUGCUAAAGCAAAGGAAACGACCCAAACGACCAAUGAUCUGUAUGGAACUGCUGAAUGUGAUGAAAACCAACCGUCAUCUUCGUCCAAGAAUUCAUUAAUAGAGUUAAUGACAACUCCAUGUGACUCGUCAACAGAUUCCCAAGCCUUUCCCGAACUGAAUGAGACAGACCCCAAGCUGCUUGAUCAACCUUUUGUCAUAAAAGGAAAACAGCUACUAGAGCUAUUUCGCUUUUGUCCCUCUUGUGGAGCGAAAAUAUCGGAUUCGAGGCGAUGUGUGAGUCUGACAGCUGUUGGGACCUCCCCUAUUGUACACUAUAUCUGCACGGCUUGCUCUCCAUUUGAAAAACGUUUCGAAGGCCAGAAAGAAGAAAACUGUCCUCCGGAAGAGACAUCCUUCAUUAACAGCGUGAAAACUGUCGCGGAUGCACUGACCAUGAUUUCUCAAUGCGGGGAAGAUGACUUUGUCAGUGAAUCGCUCAAACGCGUUCGACCGGAUUCUGUGAAUCGGUUGGAUGAAGAAGAAGAAACCAACGACAUCCAAGAUGUUUUACCAGGUCCGAUGAAUCCGCCUAAGCCUCAAAAGUGGAAUGAUCAUCCUCCGGAGAAAAGGACCAAAGAGGAGGACAGCGAUAUGGUGCUAAUAGACGAUGAUUGCGGAAUCGCAUCAAGCUUCUCUCCGUUGUUCCAACAAGAUCCCGAGGAAAAAAAGGUUGAUUUGGUAGACAGAUGUGAUCUGGAUGUUGAUAGGAAGGACAGCCAAUUCGUAGAGCAAGGUGUUUUAGUUGAAACAUUGCUUGGCUGCUCAUCUAAUGGAAAAUCAACAGAAGAGGAACCUGAAGCCGAAUUGUCACUUUACGAUAGCAGAAUAACCCCUGUUCCACAGCUUUAUCGUUAUCAGAAUGGGAAGAAAAAAAUGCAGAUUUGCCGUUUAUGCUGUAGCUACCGCGACGAGAAGGACUGCCGUCGAACGAAGUCCAAGGAAACUCUGCUCAUAAUGUUGGGUGUGAUGCUAGAGAAAGAGAAAAUAAUUCUGUCCGAUGCACAAAGCUUGUAUAACGAGAGUAUGCGCUUACGGAAACGUAUCUGCAAAAGCCAUUUUCAAGAAGCAGCACAGUACAUCGGCAACUUGGUGGCCACAAGAUUUAAAAUGAUUGAAGACGAUCUUUUCACUGUGCCGGCUGAUAUAAUGGAAGGAAUUGUCGCUCGCUUUGAAUCGUAUCGUCGUGCCAUCGAUGCGAAGUUCGUGCUGACACCUUUCCAUCUGGCUGUGUUUUAUCGCGUUUUCAAUGAACAUGGUACAGACGUAUCCGCUGACUCUCAGGAAAUGAAGGAGCCGCCACAACUCCGUUCAGUGAAGAAAGAAUCCCCAUCUACUUGUGAUGCAGAACAGCAGCUGUCGAUCUCAAUGUCAGUUGAUGAUCGAAAAGAGGAAUCCCAAGGUAUUAUGGAGUUGGAUGAAACAGACCCGAAGUUGCUCAGCCAGCUUUUCCAAAUAAAUGGAUAUCAGCUGCUGAAACUUUUUCGUUUUUGUCCUUCUUGUGGUUCCAAAAUAUCAUCGUCGUUGCGACGAGUAAGUCUGACUGCUGAUGGAACAAAUCCUAUUGUGCACUACAUCUGCACAGAAUGUUUCCCUUAUGAGAAACGUUUUGAAGGACAGGAGGCAGCUUCUCAUUCACAGGAAGGGAUAUUUAGAGGCGCUGGUAAAACUACUGCGGCAACCAUAGCGGAUGAUACACACUAUGAGGUAAUACCAAAGUGGGCUGACGAUGACAACAACGGGGAAGGGACCAGUUCGCUUCCGGAAAAACGGUGGGUAACAUUUAUGUUGGAGUUCCGUCCAAAAAUCCACAACGCGCGGAUCAAAAAAGAAAUUCCUGAUUCAUCGUUAAAGGAAUGUAAAAGCGAAAUGGACGCACUUGUCGAUCGCAAGAACGAGAAGAUGGCUGAGUCCGACCCCUUCGAAAAAGGAUUUGCUUUGAAGCAACGGAAUCAAGAUGAAUGCAAAUUUGCGACAGCAUUGUCUGAAAUGGAUACUCGACAAUCACCGACCAGAGCGGUGAAGCAGGAACUGGACUGA